AUGAAAACUCUGGAAGGAGUAGAUAAUACUCCAAACUCAGAUCAUGAUAAAGAAAACGAUAUAAAAGAUAUCUCCUAUACAACUGUAACAUCAAAAAAAUAUAAGAAAUCUGACAAAAACAAGAAAACCUCUACUGCAAUAGAACAUGAAAAAGAAGACUCUACAAAGAGUCUUCAGAACC